AUGGAUCACGACGAGAUCUCUCACGGCCAGCAUGGCCACGCCGAAAAUGACGCUCGUCAGGAGAACCGCGAAACGAAUCGUGAUGAAGAAGAAAAAAUGCAACCCACCGCGCCAUUCGAGGAGAGAGAUAUUAAAGUUGGAUACAUGAAUGAGGCGGACAGACAUAUUUAUGAGAGUGGUAUUCAAAAGUUCAGUCGUCUGGGCUGGAAGCGUCUCACUGUCGUUCUUAUUGUUGAAGCUAUUGCACUGGGAAGCUUGUCUAUUCCUUCCACUUUCGCUACUCUGGGCAUGGUUGCCGGUGUGAUCUGCACGGUGGGCCUCGGAUUGGUCGCAAUUUAUACCAGUUGGAUUAUUGGAAAGGUCAAAUUGGCCUUCCCUGAGGUUGCUCAUUAUGCCGACGUUGGUCGAUUAAUGGGUGCACGUCUAGGAUGCCCUCGAUUUGGUUUCGAAUUAAUUAAUCUGAUGCUGGCUAUUCAAUUGCUUUUCCUGACUGGAUCUCACUGUCUAACUGGAACAAUCGCUUUCCUCAAUAUCACAAAGAGUGACGUAUGCUCAGUGGUAUUUGGUGUCGUCUCUGCGAUUAUUUUGCUCCUGCUCGCCGUUCCUCCUAGCUUCACCGAAAUGGCCGUGUUAGGUUAUAUCGACUUUGCCUCCAUUAUCAUCGCGAUUGGUAUUACAAUUAUCGCAACUGGCGUGGAUGCAAGCAAUGCUCCCGGUGGACUUUCAGCUGUGAACUGGUCUGCCUGGCCAAAGGAAGGCAUCACAUUCGCGGAAGCCUUCGUCUCGGUGACAAAUAUUAUCUUCGCCUACAGCUUUGCCCUCUGCCAAUUCUCCUUUAUGGACGAGAUGCACACACCAAGAGACUAUGUUAAGUCUAUCUGGGCCUUGGGUAUUAUCGAAAUCGUGAUUUAUACCCUCACCGGUUCUCUGAUCUAUGCUUUCGUCGGACAGGACGUUCAGAGCCCUGCCCUCCUUUCAGCUGGUUCCCUUCUGAAGCGCGUCGCGUUCGGUAUUGCGCUGCCAGUCAUCUUUAUCAGUGGUUCAAUCAACACGGUCGUCUUCGGUCGUCUUGUGCAUGGCCGCAUUUUCGCCAACUCCCAGAUUCGCUUUAUCAACACGAAGAUGGGCUGGAUCACCUGGCUGGCCGUUAUUGCUGCUGGCACUGUUAUUGCGUUUAUUAUUGCUGAAGUGAUUCCCUUCUUCAAUGACCUGCUCUCGAUUUCAUCGUCGCUCUUCAUUUCUGGUUUCACAUUCUACUUCCCGCCAAUGAUGUGGGCCUUGCUCCUCAAGAAGGGUAGCUGGAGGGAGCCCAAGAAUAUCAUCUUUGGAGUGAUCAAUCUGAUCGUCUUCCUUAUUGGAAUCGUUACUCUAGUCGCAGGAACCUAUGCCAGCAUUGACGAUAUUAUCAACAAGUACAAUGCUGGCACUGUGCAUGGUGUUUUCACCUGUGGCUCACCCGAGUAA